AAUUGAUUAGCAGUAGAUUCAGGACUAAAGAAAAACGCACCUUUACCCAAAUGCAGAAUUAACAGGUUGUACCUAAUGCUAGUCAAAGAGACUGUGUCAGCCUGUUGCAGCAAAACCAACAAGUAUUGUGGCACCUUAAGAGACCCAACAAAUUUAUUACAGCAAAGGUUUUCACAAACUCCAGUCCAUGAAAGUUAAUGCAAUCAUAAAUUUGUUAGUGUUUAACGUGCCACAAUACUCUAUUGUUGUUUCUGAAUUCAUACUAGCCGCUUGCCACAGAAAGACUAUCCAAGCCACUUGCAAAAACUUGAAGAGCAUAACAUACAUUAACCAUAAAAUAAAAAAGAAGAAUGCAUUACAGUGCAAUUACAACAAUCUAUAAAACAGACCAAUAAAACAGCAGCAAAACGCAUACCAUAAAUAGACAGCAAAAUCUUCAAAACCCAUCAAAUGUCUCGGAGAAAAGGUUAAUUUUUACCUGAUGGCGUAAGGAUGUUAAUGAUUGCAGGGAGACCUUCAGAGGAGAAGGGGGAGGCAUAAUCGAAAUGGCCCCCUCUCAAGUGUCACGAGCUCAGACUCUAUUAAUGUUGGCAGCACAUAUUAUAUAGCUUUUUAAAGAAUACCCAAAGGGCGUUACACACAUUGCCUGGUUGCAUUUAAUCCUUGCAACAACCCUGAAAAGUAGGCCUGCAUUCUUAUCCUCAUAUUGCAGACAGGUGGUGGUGGGGAGACUGAGAGGGGCUUCGCUAAGGCCGCCUAGGAAGUUCUUGGUCCAGACGUGUUUUGAAGGAGGCGCUUCCUGGUUCAAAGCCCAAAUCUCUUAGGUCUGGUUUGGGAUGAAGCAAAAGAAGAGGUGGGCUUUCAGGAGAACUGACCAGGGAAAAGGCGAUUGGAGGUUUUAAACCAAUGGGUCUUUGCAGGUCCCCCCCCCCCCAAACCCGGCUUCAAAGUCCACAGUCAUGGAGUUUCCAGUGAUCAGAUGGGAUCAGCAAUCUGGCGUUUUAAGACAAAGGCAGUUGCUUCAGCCUUCCGAUAACGGAUACUGACAGGGCAUGAAGAAGGCACCCCCAACUAGGCAGCUCAACUGCGCAGAAGCAAGAGUGACCUUUUCUACAGGCUGGCACGAGUCACAAAGCACCAUGGAGCAGCAGGCCCCCAACAUCCCACACACCUGUGUGGCAGCUGUGGUCAUCGUCUGCACCAUGGGGGCGAUGGAUGUCUACCUGGUGGAGCAGAGCACAGGGGCCCGGCGCCUGGGAGUCGGCGCCCUUGCCCUAGCUGGGGACCUCUUCUUUUUGCUUGUGCUGCGCUACGCAACCAUGUGGGUAGGCAGCGAGGUGAGGCCGGCCCAGCGAGGCUACGCCAUGGUGCUGUGGUUUCUCUUUGCCUUCGCGCUGGAGAUCAAGCUCUACUUCGUCUACCAGCACUACGCAACCGAGGGGCGGGCGCCUGACCCGCUGGCCCGGCGCACCCUGACCCUCCUGCUCUCCAUCUGCAUCCCUGCCCUUUACACGGUCCUUGGAGCCACUGAGCUGGUGGCCCAGGCCUCCGCCAGCUUCCGGAAGAAAGACGAACUGCGCGGGCGCCUCUUUUGGGUGGUGUUGGACCUGCUGGAUGUGCUGGAGAUCCAGGCCAGCCUGUGGGAGCCGCAGCGGCGGGUGCUCCCCCUGUGGGCUGAGGGCCUGACCUUCUUCUACUGCUAUGGCCUCCUGCUGAUUCUCCCUUGCGUCUCGCUAAAUGAGCUGGGGGUGCAGGGCCCUCGCCCUGGCGCGCUCUACCCACUCCUGAGUCUGGCCAGCGUCAAUGUGGCCACCAUCUUCAUCCGCGGAGGGCUGUUGCUCCUCUGCCAUGACCAGCGCAUCUCCUCCAUCUUCAUGGGGAAGAACUUCUUGGCCAUUGCGCUAAAGUGUUGCGCUGCCCUCCAGCACCACAGAAGCACUCGGGGCAGAAGGGAAACAGGCCACAGCCACAUCCGAGGCAGCCGGGGCCUUGGACAUACUCAGCCAAUGGAUGAGCAGCUCCGUAGAAACACAGAUGAAACACACCAUGGGCACCUGACACCUGACAGGGUUUGCAAGUGUGCUCAGGCCACGGCUGGCAUGCCCUAUGGACACAGCCCAGGUGAACCACCGCAAGCGAUGGCUGAAGUCUCCUACAGACAGCCGCAGGCUACAGAAGAACAGUUCCACUGCUGCGUCCAAACCACCAGUCACCAGCUCCACAGACACUGCCACCUUAAAAGCCAAGGGUCAGAGCACUGCAGGCACACUACUCAACUUUCCCCAAGAGCGCCACCAGCCGCCACUGGUCCCUCCACUUCCAGAGGACUCAGAACAGGUCAGCACAUACAGCUCAAGUCUGUCUGGGGCGGACUGUGAGAUAUCUUUUCUGUGAUGCUGUCUGGCAAACAGCCUCACUUUUCUCUUGGGUGCCCUCACUGGGAACAGAGGACCAAAAGGGCACUGGGUGUAUCAGCAAGAGUGUAACAACAGAACCUGCAUAGGGGGAGGCUGCCUCUACAUUUGCUGUGAGAAAGCCACACUUCAUUGACACACUUUUUGCAGGGCAUCUACACAACCAAAACAACCCUCAUCUCAUGUUUUCCCUAUUCAACUUCCUCCCCUCCACCCCAGCUCAGAAAAUCCCAUUUAAACAUAAAAAUGGAUGCUACACACUAUUUUCUCAGGUGUAGAUAACCCAGCUGUUGCAGCCUAGACAGGUCAAUAAUGCCCUGUACAGAUUGUGCUCGAGAAAUGUCCUUCUCUAUGGUCUGCCUCUCCUGUCUAAGAAUCACUGCCGUCACUUUAGCUCCUCCCUCUCCAAAUAUUAUUGCCUUUGUAUCAGUCCCCACUCCCCUACUUUGCAGUAGGAGAGUGCAGCUAAUGGUGGGGUGGGAAUACUUAACCUCCCCUCGACCCAAUACACACACCAUGGCCCCAAUAAAAAUGGCCUCCUCCGUAAUAUAUGGGACUGGGAUACAAGGACUGCUCGCUUGGACUACAGUAUUUUGUUUGGAUUCCAGAAGUCUGGAAUUAGAUACUGUUCAGGUUCUGGCUUAAAGCAGAACGGCAAUGAUCAGCUGCUGCUAAAUCAUCCACAUCUGGAGGCACCUUCAGUCACCUGAGCAUAAUGGGCACAGAAGAACUAGGAUCUGCUCUUAUGUCUUGGGUUCCUAAUUUUGUUACAGUAAUUGAUCUGCACCCCAUAAGCUCAGAAACAGCAGAGUUAAGUUUUGUCACAUGUGUCCUUAGAAAUCAAAUCUCACAACGUGUGCUUCUUCAAACUACAAAGGAGGUCUGGGAGACACAAUCCUGCUGCCGAGGGAGUGGGAAAGUUUUUUCGCUCUUGCAGCCAGCUUCAUUUCUAUCUUCUAUUCUCAAAAUUGCCAAAACAGUUUCUUAAAGGAAAUCACCACUUCCAUGUCCCUUAUCGUAAGAAAAGCAGCUUAGCAAAAUGACUAACCAAACUACGUGGCUGUGAUUCACUCUAUUUUGCUUACGAUCGGAUAAGGAUUGUAUCUGAGCUGGGGGUUCAGCUCCAGAACGUGAAGCAAUAAAGAAGAGAGUGCCUCUAA